AUGGCCCCAAGCACACCCUCGAAACCGAGAGCGCCUCGCCUCACCGCGGAUGAUCAAGUGCAGUUCCUCCUUAGCUGCAUCCGCAACGCCACUGGCGGCGGCAAGAUUGAUUUCGCCAAUGUCGCCAAGGAAUGCGACAUUGUGACCAAAGGAGCCGCCGCAAAACGCUACGAGCGUCUCCUGAAAGCCAACAACAUCGCUCCAGCGGGGGGCAGCAAUCUUACCUCGAAAACUACCAACGAUGAGGGCGUUGAUGAAGACGAAGCCGAUGGACUUGAGGCCGCCGCGACGGGGGGAGCAGGCAAGGGUCGCAAGCGCAAGAGCCCGACUGCUACUGCGGCUGCUAUAUCUGGUCGAAAGGGGAAGACGAGUGGCCUGCUGGCGAGGAAGAGGACAAAAGGCCAGCUCAUGAAGGAGAUGGCUGUGGCUAGAUCGCAUAGGAUGGUUGGGAUGAGUGAUUCCGGGGAUGAGACUGUCAAGCAGGAAGAUGGGGAGGACGAGAACGACGACGGUCAUGGUUUGACCAUCAAGAAAGAGGAUGCUGAUGAGGAGAUACUUAUGGAAGACGAAAACUGAG